UCUUCCUUCAACUGUCCUAAAGAGGUCUCAUUUGACAUUAGGUGGUAUUUUAAGUACUACCCUUGUCACAAUGAGUUUAGUAACAUAGAGAUCAAGUAGAGGAAAAAAGAAAAGAAGAUGAAAAAUUAUGGAAUCACUCAUUGUUUAGGCAAUAACAAUUGAAUCAUCAACAAAUUAGUACUUUGUUGCUCCUUUCUGGGUGUUUAUGACGGCCUGCAUUUUUAAGGCAUAGACUUAACUAAUGAAAACAGCUUUCUACAUCAAGCUGCUUCAAUUUUUUUCACAUAGCAGUUCACAUAAGAUUUGCAGAUUGGAGCCUUAGCCAGUUUGCUAGCUAAGACAUUGAACAGAUCUGCCUUUACUCAAGAAAAGCUCAAACAUGUUUUGUUCUGUGGCAGGAUGUAUUUUAAUCCUAAAAACCCUUAAAACUCAAUUUACAUCACACAAUGUACAUCAACACAUUAAAUGUUAAGGAAUUGAUUUCCCCAUUUCCCCUGCCUUCAUCUAACAUGCCACUCCAUAUCAUAAUUGAUUGGUAAAAUUUAAUGGUUUAAUUGAGGCAGUCUGUAUUAGAAUGGCACCAGAGAGAUGUUCCAGCAUCAUCUCCUUGGCCACUGUAGAUUUGUAAUGCACCACUUAACCUCACUUUCAUCCAGUUAUCCACACACUAUGUUUGCCUGUUUUGCUAGCCCACUGCAACUUGUUUUUUUAGUGCUGGUUUUGUUUGGUUUUUCUUUUUGUAAAUCACAUUUUAUGCAGAAUUUUUUUUCUUAAACGUAAACUCCUGUUUUUACCCUGUUUUUUUUUUUUUUUGUUUUUUUGUUUUGUUGUGCAUUUUUUAUUUUCAGGACCUAAUUUUCAGUUUUCAAUCCUCAGGCUUUGAUGUCUUACCUGGUCUACUCCUAUGGUUUACUUUGAUAACGUAUUACAAUUUUAGACACAACUGACUGGGAACAACAAACAUACAGUAUGUUGUAAUGCUGUGCUGUAUUUCCAUAAGGAAAGAGUUUUAUAAUCCUUUCAUUUUUUUAAUUAACAGCUCUCUGGUUGGAUUCAUGUUUUCUUUCAGUUAGCAAAGCCCAACAGCUUGUUAAGGUCUGUAAGUACUUCUUUAACUGCAGACUGAAUUGCAUUUUCAAACUUGUGCUACAUAUUUGUUUUAGAAAUUAAAAUUACAAGAUGAUUUUAUCCUUGGCAUUGAGUGCUGUUUUUCCUUAAUAUGGAGAAUGUCAUUAAUUGAAAUUAUUUUAUUUGUUUGAAAUGUUUUACAAAGCCAUAAUGUUCAGCUAUUAGACAAAAAGAAAUGUUAUAUCCAUGAUUUGUUUUCUUUUUUUGUGAAAAAAAAAAAGUUGAGUAAAAAUUCUUUGUGUGGUGAUUCUGUAAUUUUUGCCAGGGGUUGUAGAUGGUGUGUUUAUGUGUGUAUUAGAUAAAUGUUUUGUCAAUAUUUUUUUCAUUAGGAAAUGUAUGAAAGGACCCCUUUGAGUCGAGGAGAGGGUCUAGAUCCCAACCCUCUUGGACAAGGAGAGUAUAUUGAACACAAGUAUAGGAUAUUAACCUGCAAUGAUGGGAUGCAGAUUUUUCCCAUGCUGAAUAAAUCAAAGGCAGAGCCAAGGACAGCAGAGCUGCCAAAGGAGAAUAAUGCCAGUUAUACACAGUGGCUUGCUGCUGAAGCUGGUGCUCAAGACCAUGUCAUUGCUACAACAUGGAGAGAUGGACCAUAUCUACUUGUGGUAUUGAUUGAGUCUGAUAAAAAGGACGUCAACUGGAACUUAACUUUUACUGUAAUGAUGAAAGGAUCCCAUGGGUACAUUUCAGUUACAGAAUGGCCUCUUAUGAUUUUCUACAUGGUUAUGUGCAUUGCCUACAUUCUGUAUGCUUUGCUCUGGUUUAUUUGGGCCUCCUGCUACUGGAAAGACCUGCUGCGCAUCCAGUUCUGGAUUGCAGGGGUGAUCUUACUGGGCAUGGUAGAGAUGGCUGUCUUUUGUGCCGAGUAUGAGAAUACUAAUGCCAUCGGUUCAGCAUCUCAGGGCUUACUGGUUUUUGCUGAGCUUGUAUCAGCUCUGAAGAGGACUCUUGCUCGCCUCUUGGUGAUCAUUGUCAGUCUAGGCUAUGGUAUAGUCAAGCCUCGUUUGGGAACUGUCAUGCACAGAGUUGUGGGUCUAGGUGUUCUCUAUUUUGCCUUUGCUGCUAUUGAGGGUGUUCUGAGGAUUACUGGGGCCAAAGAUUCUGACCUGGCAUUGCUAGCCAACAUUCCUUUGGCAUUGCUUGACUCCUCUUUAUGUUGGUGGAUAUUUGUUAGCCUUGCACAAACCAUAAAGACACUAAAACUCAGGAGGAACCCAGUAAAGUUGUCACUGUACAGACAUUUCACCAAUACCCUUGUCAUUGCUGUAAUUGCCUCUUUGAUUUUCAUGAUUUGGACAACAAAAAAAUUUCGUUUAGCAGACUGUCAGGCUGACUGGAUGGAGCUUUGGGUAGAUGAUGCCUUUUGGAGAUUUCUUUUUUCUAUUAUACUGCUUGUAAUCAUGUUUCUCUGGAGACCAUCUGCAAAUAAUCAAAGGUAUGCAUUUACACCUUUGAUUGAUGACUCUGAUGAUGAAGAGAUUGAGGAGUUCCUGGGGUCUGCAAAUAUUGCUGAUGGCAUAAAAUUAAGAGCAGCAAAGACUGAGACUAAUGGAACAGCAAAGCCAGCUACUGUUCCAACAUUCCUCUAUUUUAAGGAUGAAGACUUGAAGUGGGUUGAGGAAAACAUCCCUACCUCUUUAACAGAUGUUGCUCUACCUGUUCUUCUUGACUCUGAUGAGGAAAUAAUGACCACAAAAUAUGAGAUGUCUAAAAUGGAGUAAAGUCACAAUAAACUUCCUCCUUUUAAGACCAAAAGCAUUGUUGCUUACGCUUCUGGUAUUAGAUUUUCACCAGCAAGACAAAGAAAAGUAAUGAAGACACAGCAAGACUUUCAUAGUGAAUCUACAUAACGAUGAAUGGUCUUGACGUCACAGGAGCUUCUUAGCUCAAUCAGCAAUGAUCCUCUCUAUUGUUUAUGAUUUUUACAUCAAAGAUUACUGCAUUUUUAAAUACAGUUUUUUUUUCUGUUUGCAGUCUACAUCUUAGUCAGAAAUUUUGGAAAUGAUUAUAAUUAGAUAAUUCUGUCCACAGAAACAGAAAAAUAAGUUUAUUUUUUAUUUAGUUUCCUUUUACAUUUAGUUUUCUUUAGUAUUCUUAUGGUGUAGUGCCUGCAAGUUUUAAAAUUUAAGACUGCACUCCUGACUGUGACUUCUAAAUAUUUAAAUAUUGUGUUUUAAAGUAUUUAAUAUGGACAAAGUUGGAUGACCAAAAAAGGUUGUUUUAGUAUUCAUUGCAAAAAGCAUGCCUUCACAUACUGUUAUUUAUUGUUGUUGUUUUUAAUGGUUAAUGGAGCUAGUUUGCUUCUAUCUGUGAUUUUGUUUGUGUGGCCUGGGGUUUGUAGGUGAGAGAUUGGUUAGAAAAUAAGAGCAAAAAUUCAGCUUUUUCUUGAAACACAUAUUUUCUCGAAAAGCUAAAUAAAAAUUUCAAAUUGACUGCUGUAUAUUAGCAGAACAAACAAUGUGCACAUCUGAAAAAAGCAAUAUACUGUUUAUAUUUUUCCUCAUUUACAGUGUGGGGAACAAAUACUUUUGUUCUUUAAUAAAAUAGUGCAUAUAUCCACUUUAAGAUUUUCACACAUUUAUAUGAGAAUUUGUACUAUAAAAUGAUAGAAAAAAAAUCAUUCAGACACUACAAAUAAAUGACAUCAGUUACUAUAACAGUUCUGGUUGGCAGUUGCAACUUUGCACUUUUACAUUCUUUUUUUUUUGGUUAGAAACCAAUCUUGAGAUUUAUUUUUGUGGUUCUUGGUCCCUUUGAUGACUUGUGAUGCUGUUUUUGUGAAACUGGUCUUCCUGCUUCAAGUGACUUCUUAGUCUGAGAGCAUGUUGUCAUCUUAUGUGUGCUGCACUUUUUCUCUAUUAGUUGUUUAAUAAAUUUGUUUAUUUUAGGAAGCUUUUUCACCUUGACCAUGAAUUCUACCUGUAUUUUAUAAUAUACACAAUGUCUAGAACUUUUUUUCUUAUUUUAUAUAAAAUUUUUUAUUUGUA